CUAUUCCUGUCGGAUAAUAAGGAUAACAUUUUGAAUUAUCAAACCGUUUAUUUGCCACGUUACGUGUAUGUAUUGUUUAGCAAUAUGUCGAUAAUUGUAAAGUUAUUCAUUUAUUUUUCUCUCAUUUUCUACAAUAGAGAUGAAGAGAGAGUAAAAGAAGAGAAUGAACAAUCAGACGUUCAAUUUAUUGAUAGUUAAGGAUCAUUUAUCUUGAUAUUGUGAGAAUCAUGGAUUUAGAAGCUUCUAUAACUAAACGCUUACAGAAACUGAAACAAUGGCAAUUGGAACAACAAGAAAGACUCCUAAAACAGCAACAAAUGCAAAGAGAAAUUUUAAGCAAUGAGAAAGAUCGUAUUUACAAAGCACUUGGUUUGCCAAUACAUGAUUUUAAUAAUAUUAUUGAAAAUACUGAAGAUGUGUGUGAUGAGAUAGAGAUAGAUGCACAAGAAACAAUGUCCCAUGAUUCUCCAUUGCUCCAAUAUGAUGCAAGAGAUUCAGACAGUAUGUUAGAAAUGUCUGAAAGAGAAAUGCCAACAAAUAUUGAUACAUCAUGUGAAAAAUGUGAAGAAGAAACUGAAGGAGAAGAAGAAGAAAAAGAAAUCGAAAUACCGAAUGAUAUUGCCACAAUUGUUGAAAAUAAUAGAAAUUCUGUGAAACAUUACAAUUCCAGUAUAUUAUUGCCAAAGGAAGAACUGAGUAACGAUUUAUUAAUAGAAGGAAUAAAACCAUUAUCUUCGAACAAUAUAGCAUUGCAUGUCUCAAUUGACGAUAUCCCUCUGCCAUCACCUAAAGAAGACUUUCACACGCUAUUGGAAGAGAAAUUGAAGAGAGAGGCAGAAGUUGCUUCAAAUGUGCAUGCAGGUGUAAUGGCUAAGCCAAAGAAACCAUUCCUAAAGAAAGGCCAAGGAUUGUCGAGAUACAAAAUAUCUACAAACUCACAUCUUCCAACUACAAAAAAGCACAGCACACUUUUAUCACUUAAUAAAGAACGUGCCGAUAGAACUCAUAAAAGCAAGAAAUCCGUAUGCAAAAAUAUAGUCUCGGAAUCUCCAAGCAACGUUUCUGCUGCAAUUGGAAGGCAACGAUUAAAUCUGAAAGCUGUUUCAUUACCAAGGAAGAUUCUUAAUAAAUCUGAAUCUGUUGCUUGUAAUAAACAGGUCACGAAUAACGCUACUUCCGAUCAACCAAAACAUUUAUCAGAAAGAAUGAGUAUGUCAGAUUGCGAUUCAAAAGCAGAAAGAGAAUUGGAAGAGGUAAGAAUAUUCGAAUUGUUGGAAGAGAAAGCAGAGAACUCUAGUUUUUGUUCAACAUCGAGCACUGUUCUUGCAUUCUUGCAGCAAUCUACGCCAUUUAAAAUAAAGAAAACGUUAAAUUAUGCAGGAAGCGAGAGCGGUGUCACGACAAGUAUGAAACAGCUAAGUGAUAAACGAAGGAACGGUACGAUCCAGCAGGUAGUUCAACGAUCUGCGCACAUCGAAAAUUUAAAAUCACCUCGUCGAGUUGAGCAAUUUGAUGUUUAUAAACGUUCUCGUACCAGUGUUGCCGCUAUUAAUUCCUGUUGGGAAACUGUCAGUGACACGCAAAAAGAGGCACAGGGACAUUUAACACUGAACAAUCAGGAUGCAUUGUACAACACACCUAUUGUCGCAGAAUUGACCUCUGACAGUGAAGAGGGAGACGUUUCCACGGCAAAUGAUCGCAGCUUAACACGCAAUAAUGAUGCGAGCCAUCAUGUUAGAUUUUCUGAAUAUAACGAAUAUAGAACUAUAGAUUUAAUCGACACGUCUGACGCUACAAAUAAAUCUUCAUUUGAAGAUGAGCUCGAACAGCAGGAUUCGGACAAUAAUUCCUUCCUUUCAUCGGAAUCGUCCGACGUCGAGGAGAAGCCAGAAGAUUAUGAGGAACAAAUGUCCUCUCUGACAAUAAUCGACGAUGAAAAAGCGGUCGAUGCGUCGCGACGAUUGUCUUUGCAGCAAGAUGUAAAAGAUUUGUUUUAUCGCGCGAUGAAAAGCGAACCUUUCAGCGUUCCCGAAGAGGGAAAUACUUCCAGUUGUAAAAACGAAUUGCCCGAUGAUGAUACGAUGACCGAAGAAACUGGUCAAAUGUUUAACCAAUCCAUCCUUUCAUUUUCAUCAUCAUCAUCAUCGUCAUCGUCAUCAUUGUCAGGUUCUCGCCAGGAGUUGAGCGUGCACGAAAAAGAAGAAUAUACACUGAAAAACGAGAAAACCGAGAAAAUAUGUUUGAAUGCGAGAGAAGAUCGGAUAAAUACUUUCGAAUCGGAACUUUUAAAAAGUCGACUAUUAGAACUUGAGAAGGAAAUUGAUAUAUUUCGAAAGGAAAGUGCAACCUUAUUGCUGCAGCGCCGAAAACUGCAGGAAGAACAAACGAUAUUGCGUAAAGAAUACAUGGAGAAAGAAAAAAAUUUUGAAGAGAACAGAAGGAGAAUACAAAACCAGUUGGAAGAAGAGAAAAAGAAGCUAGCACGUGAGAAGGUAGCAAUGGAGAGUAGAAUUCGCGACGCUCAAGAAAAGGCGAAGCAAAAUAAAAUGGAAAGACAAACGGCGCAAGACUUACAGGAACAAUUAGAAAACUUGGGAGACGAAUUGAAUAUCAAAGAAAGCAGAUGGAACGCCGCCGAAUCGAGGUAUAAAAGUGAGCUUCGUGUACUACGAGUGGAAAUUUCAAAGCUGAAGCAAGAAAUCGCGAAUUUACAAAAUGUUAAAAAAGUAAAAAACGUCAAAAAUAUCAAGAAGAGCACAAACGGGCAAGUAAUUGCGAAAGCUAUUAAUCAAAUUAAUAAACGUGUUAUUGCAGCUUCCUCGUCUAAAGAGACAUCAGCGAAAAUAUCUCGAGAUUUGUCGGAUACUUCCUCGGGUGCGUUUAUUCAUGACGAAAAUGACAAUAAUGAUGAUGAUAACGACAAGAAAAGAAACAAGAAGUCGGUAGAAUCAAAAGCAAUCGAUAUAAACGACGAUUUUGAACAAAUAGAGAAUAGAAUAUCUGCAAAUAAAAUAGAAUCUAAACCAAUCGAUGUUAGAGUUGAAACGCAGCCAAAACGUAUUCCAACAGGAAAUAUUGCCGCAGAAAAGAAAAAUUUAUACAAAAAUCUAUUGAAAGACGCAACAUCGGAUUUAGUGGACGAUCAAGAAUAUCACAUUGAACAAGAUAUAAAUAAUCCUUACCAGUCAAUAGUUACACAAAUGCGAAAUGUAAACGUUCCAAGGAGCAACGAAAUAUCCGGAAAAAGCAGCGACAAAUCCUAUUUUGCAAGCGAAGGCCUCGAACGAACAACAGUUGAUGAUGCGAAGAACACGAAAUGUUACACCGAGAGAUUGCACGAAAUAAAUGAAGAUAAAGAUAGAGAUCAGGUAGCUGAGAAGAAUUCAAAUAUGACAUUACAUUCCCCCUCGCUUCAUCAGACUGGAAUAAGUCCCAAAGAUGUCGCAAAACAAAUUCAACAUUCUGACAGAUGCUUCGAGUAUUUGUAUCCAAACGGUAAUAUGAAAAAGGUCUUUCCCGAUCAAGGAAUCACAAAGAUGAUUUAUUACAACGGAGACGUGCGCGAAACCGACAAGGAUGGGAAAGUGAAGUACUUUUACUCUGCGUCUCGAACGUGGUGCACUAUGACUCCUGAUGGCUUACAAAUUUUGGAGUUUUCUAGUGGUCAAGUGGAAAAACGUACUGCCGACGGUACUGUCGAAGUGUUGUUCCCGGACGGCGCUGUAAAAAUAGUACAAGCGGAUGGCAUGGAGAAAUGGUCAUUACCAGACGGAACGGCAGUGCAAAUCUUCACUAACGGCGAUAAGAUUCUAACUUUACCGAAUGGCCAGAGAGAAAUUCAAACAAAAAAUCUCAAGAGACGAGAAUAUCCUGAUGGUACUGUAAAACUAGUGUAUGCGGAUGGUAGCCAAGAAACGCGUUAUUCCAGCGGAAGAAAACGAUUGAAGGACAAAGAUGGAAAUCUUUUGAUGGAUUACUACGAUAAUUAAGUUUUUUUAUUUCACCAAGGAUUCUUUGGAAGCAACGAGUAAUAAUUUUAUAUGAAACAAAUGUAAAAUACAAAACAAAAACGCGCAAAGUACAUUCACAAUGUAAUGUGAAUGACCAUUGAUACUGCAUACAGAGACUAUUUUUGUAGGAAUGUAAUAACUCUUUAUAUAUAAUAUAAGUUAAUAAAGACUGAGAAUUAUAUUUUUUAA